AUGCUUUUGUGGGAGCAGAGACCGCCACCCACUUUUGGCUUCUGGAUUUGGCUGGAAGUGCGUGUGGGUUUACGGCCUGGCGAGCUUUUCCUCGCGGAGUGGGAGGACACAUUCCAGGACUUCGUGCCAAGCCAGAGAAGCUUCGUGGGCGCAGGCAGGCUUUAUUGCAAAGGGUGCCACGAUGAGUGGGGCUGGUAUAUGAAAAGCGGGCUUCCCCGAAAGAACUUCAAGUUGAAUGCAGCUUGCGAAGAGUUGGCUCAGAGGUUCAACGUGAAGAUUCUGGGGCGCAAAGCAGACCUCGGAGCUCCUUUUCUCUGCACAGUGUGUGACCAGCGUUGCAAUGCACAAAACUUGCAACGGCAUCUGGAGACACACGUAGAAGCUUCGACCGUGAAGCUCGAGGGUGCCACGCAGACAGAGAUGUGCUGGGUCGGCCAGGAGGAAGAUAUUUAUUGUACGCCCUGUUGGGAAUUUGAAUCAGACCAGUACUAUGACGAUUGGCAGCCCUUCUUAGAUCACAUGCAGAAGGAACUGGAAGCCAGCUAUCAGAGCUUCUGUGAUGGCAACACUGGCAAUUCUAUUUGCCACAUUCGCACCAACGGUCAAACCUACCAAGUCGACCUGGAGAAAAUGGAGCAAACGAAUGCGAAGACCAGGAAGGUGCGCCGUGUUCGACGGGGUCAGAGGCCCAAUGAUGCAAUCCUACCGAUGCUUCGGCAGAAGGAGGCGAUUAUGGAAGACCUGAUCGAGACUAACCAUGGGCUCGAUGCAAAGGUCAUGUCACUGGGGGAGGAGAAUGAGAAGCUGAAGCUUCAAGUCGACGCAGCCAAGAAUGAACAUGUCCAGAAGAUGAUGUGCGCGGAGUCCUGGCGCAUGAAGGACCAGCACAAGCUGAGCGUGCGGCAAGCAAUCCAGCUCAAGGAUCCAGUCGUUGAACAAAUUCAAAGCUUGCUUCGGAGUUCAUGUCCGGACAGCCACUAUGGCCCCUGCAACGUCUUGAGAACCAUUGAAGUCCUGUCGGUGGAACAGAUCCACAACGUGAAGCUGUGGAACAAGUAUGUCUUCCAGAAGGAAGAUAUUCGAAAGGAAUGUGAGGGCAUGUCACGUUCGCCAAAAUUGCUGAUCAAGAGCGAGCUUGACCCCCUGUGGAUGAAACUGGACGAAAGCAUCAACGAGAUCGUGUGCUUGCACGGCACCACAAUGGAUAAAGUCGAUCCUAUCACAACUUAUGGCUUCGACCCGCGAUUUGCGAACACAAGCGGGCUCUAUGGUCAAGGUGUGUAUUUUACGGAUCAAAGCUGCAAAAGCUUCAAAUAUUCUGGGGCUCCCAGUGGCGGCUUGGGAUGCUUCAUCUUGAGCCGCGUUGUGCUGGGCUACCCCCAUUUUGCAGAGGGCGCCAUGAAGCAGGUGAAGGUAGAACCCGCUCGUGAUGAGAGCGAUCCUACAAAAGGACGUUGCAAUAGUGUCGUGGUUAAGCCCGGCAUCAAGAAUGGCGCGCAACAUGGAGGUACCGCAACACAGGUGCACAACGAGUUUGUGCUCUUCAACGGGCUCCAAGCCUAUCCAGAGAUGGUCAUUUGCUUCAAGACUACCCAGUGA